UUAUAUGUGUGUUUCAUGUGUGAUCGAUCCUCCAGUUGGCCGGUCAGCAUGCUGCUAAGGUACGGACCGGGACGGUAGUCUGGUGCCGUGGCGUGCUACGUGGCGCAGAGCGCAACUAGUUAAAGAACUAGUUAAAGAACUAGUUCAAGGUUUGAUUGGUACGAUAUUAUUUAGAAUGAUGACCAUGGUUAUAAAGCGCUAUGCUAAAAUAACGGAUACAAGAUGUCCCUUAACUAAGUAGAGUCAGUCAACAUUGCGAUCAAAAUAAACUAGGCAGAAGUUGCCACGUGUUGACUUUCCUGAGCCUAAAGACAUUAAAGUACUUCAGACUCUUUGAAUUAAUGUCCUUAAAAUAAUUACGCUUUGAUUAAAUGUCAUUAAUAUAAUUACGAUUUGAUUUAUCUCCUUAAUAUAAUAUACGCUUUGAUUUAAUAUCCUUUAGACACUUUGAUGUAUAUCCUUUAGUUUAGACGCUUUCACUUGGACCCGCGGGUUAGGUUAGUAUGUCAAUCAGUCACUAUCUAGUUCACAACAGACUGAAUACCUAAACACAGAAUACACGCAAGGUAUUAGUAAGAUACAGGGUGUUUAGGGUUAGUUAGAUACAUUGUUAGUUAGGGUUAGGUAAAUACAUUGUUACUUAGACUUCGGGUUAGUUAGAUACAGGGUUAGUCAGGGUUAGGUUAGUUAGAUGCAUUGUUGGUUAGGAUUAGUUCGAUUUAUUGUAGGUUAGGGUUAGUUAUAUACAUUGUUAGAUAAGGUUAUGAUUUGUUAGAUAGGCCUACAUUGUAAGUUAGGGUUAUGUUAGUAAGGGUUAGGGUUAGUUAGAUACAUUGUUAGUUAGGGUUAGUUAGAUACAUUGCUAGUUAGGAGUAGUUAAAUACAUUGUUAUUUAAGGUUAGGGUUAGUAAGAUACAUUGUUCGAUAAGGUUAAGAUUUGUUAGAUACAUUGUUAGUUAGGAUUAUUGUUAUUUUAGUUAAGGUUAGGGUUAGUUAGAUACAUUGUUAGAUGCAUCGUUGGUCCUCCAGUCUGGACCGGUUGGGCGGGGCCUCAGUCACCAUGGCUAUUGCAUCAUCCGGAAACAACGCAUCGUGGAGCACAUGAACCUCACACACGGACUGCAUGAAGCUGACGCACGGACAGAGCGUCCACGCAUCGGAGCUCUAACCGAAGUCCUGAUGCUGAAUCGUUAUUUUAGCGGUGUUCUCGUGCAGCGCUUUCGCUCCGAUCUGCUCAGGAUGCAUGAGAAAUAGCAGGAUCGCAAUCUUUACGCAAGUCCCGCUUGGCGGGACUUCCCUUUCUCUGUAGUCGGUCUGUAGGACUCUGUCUGAUGGAGAAGCAGCCCUUGCCGCUGGAGGGUGCAGAGGUCGCGGCGUCGCUGUUAGGGGCCAACGGCGCCGCAGGAAGCAGCGAGCUGCCGGUGACUUCCUGCCCGUCGGAGCCGCCCGCCAGGGACGGCUGGAACAGCAAAGUGGAGUACUUCCUGGCCCAGGUGGGCUUCAGCGUUGGCCUGGGCAACGUGUGGCGGUUCCCCUACCUGUGCCACCAGAACGGAGGAGGAGCGUUCCUGCUCCUCUAUGUGCUGCUCAUGCUGCUGGUGGGAAUCCCGCUGUUCUUCCUGGAGCUGGCUGCAGGCCAGUCUAUCCGGCAGGGCAGUAUUGGGGUGUGGAAGCACAUCUCCCCCAAGCUGUGCGGGAUCGGCUACUCCAGCUGCGUGGUGUGUUUCUACGUGGCGGUCUACUACAACGUUAUCAUCAGCUGGAGUCUCUUCUACCUGGGGAACUCCUUCCAGAGCCCGUUGCCUUGGGAACAGUGUCCGGAACAGGGCAACAUAACGGUGGCGGAGUGUGCGGCCAGCGCCCCCACCACGUUCUUCUGGUACCGCACGGCGCUGGACGUCACAGACUCCAUCGAGGACACGGGCCAGCUCAACCUGUCCCUCACCUGCUGCCUGCUAGCCGCCUGGACCGUCGUGUGCCUGGGCAUGUUCAAGGGCAUCAAGACCUCCGCCAAGGUCAUGUACUUCUCGUCCAUCUUCCCCUACGUGGUGCUGCUCUGCUUCCUGGUGCGAGGCCUGCUGCUGGACGGGGCGCGGGAGGGCAUCGUCCACAUGUUCUACCCCAAGCUGGAGAUCUGGGGCAGCGUCCAGGUGUGGCGGCAGGCGGCCACGCAGGUGUUCUUCGCCCUGGGCCUGGGCUUCGGCUCGGUCAUCGCCUACUCCUCCUACAACCCCCGGAGCAACAACUGCCACCGUGACGCCUUCACCGUGUCCUUCAUCAACUUCCUGACCUCGCUCCUCGCCACGCUGGUGGUCUUCUCCGUGCUCGGCUUCCGCGCCAAGAACACCGUCAUGACCUGUGUUGCCAGCAACGUGGAGCUGUUCUCCCAGCAGUACGGCCCAGGGCCCGGGCCGCAGGAGAGAUGGGUGCCCAGCUUCAACGUCUCUGAGCCGGGUUCUGUGGGCCUGGCGGAGUACCGGAGCUGGUUCCACGCCCACGGGGCCCGCGGCCCCUGGAACCUGACGGACUGCGACCUGGAGAAGGAGAUGCAGAAGGGGGCGCAGGGCACCGGCCUGGCCUUCAUCGCCUUCACAGAGGCCAUGUCCCUGCUCCCCGGUAGCCCCUUCUGGUCCGCCCUCUUCUUCCUCAUGCUGCUGAACCUGGGCCUCAGCACCAUGUUCGGCACCAUGGAGGGCAUCCUGGCGCCGCUGGCCGACAGCUUCAAGGUCCUGGCCCGUAACAAGACCAAGCUCACGGUGGGCGGCAGCGUCCUGGGCUUCCUGAUUGGCCUGCUCUUCACCCAGCGCUGCGGGAACUACUUUGUGAGCAUGUUCGACGACUACACGGCGACGCUGCCCCUCAUCAUGGUGGUGGUGUGUGAGACCUUCAGCGUGUCCUGGCUCUACGGCGCCGACAGGUUCCUGGACGACAUCGAGGGCAUGCUGGGUUGGCGUCCCAGCGUCGUCUACAAGUACCUGUGGAAGUACGUGGGCCUGCUGGCCAUGCUGGGGCUGCUGGGCGCCAGCCUCAUCCGGAUGGUGCUCCAGAGACCAACCUACCUGGCAUGGAGCCAGGAGAAGGCGUCUGAGGAGAGGCUGCAGUACCCGGACUGGGCCCUGGCGCUGCUCUCCCUGCUCAUCCUCUUCGCCAUGAUGCCGGUCCCCCUGGGCUUCGUCCACGCCACCCUGCGGAGCCGUGCGGCGCGGGGGGCUUGGGCCCCCGCCGGCUUCCAGGCCGUCCCCACCGCCGACGAGUGUGAGACCCCCAUGACAGACGUGACGGACGUGGAGCAGACGGCGGUGUAGCGGAGAUCCAUCGGCCGUUUGGAGGUUCAGGAUCGAUGACAUCAGAGGUGAGCAGUGAGUCACGCUACGAUGCAGCGUAUUGAUCGGCUCAGUGAUCGAUCAAUACGCUACGAUGCAGCGUAUUGAUCGGCUCAGUGAUCGAUCAAUACGCUACGAUGCAGCGUAUUGAUCGGCUCAGUGAGAUCGACCAAUACGCUACGAUUCAGCGUAUUGGUCGGCUCAGUGAUCGAUCAAUACGCUACGAUUCAGCGUAUUGGUCGGCUCAGUGAUCGAUCAAUACGCUGUGAUGUAGCGUAACGCUGUUGGUGUCCAGAGGGCCCCAAGCGGGCCCCGAACGUCUCAGGUAUCGGGGGGGGAAUAUGGGAAUACCAUCAGCUCCUGAUCGGAAUACCAUCAGGAGCUCAGGGUGCAAUUUUGAACAAAGAGUAACUAGGCCAUCUUUAUGUCUGUCCAUACUGGUCAUUACCGAGGCCACUGGUUUGUGUGUGUGUGUAUACUGGUCAUUACCGAGGCCACUGGUUUGUGUGUGUGUAUACUGGUCAUUACCGAGGCCACUGGUUUGUGUGUGUGUAUACUGGUCAUUACCGAGGCCACUGGUUUGUGUGUGUGUAUACUGGUCAUUACCGAGGCCACUGGUUUGUGUGUGUGUAUACUGGUCAUUACCGAGGCCACUGGUUUGUGUGUGUGUGUAUACUGGUCAUUACCGAGGCCACUGGUUUCUGGAUCCAUUCACUGGUCUCGGCUCACCGGUCCAUCCGUCCAUGUUCUAUUCUUUCUUUACUUGCUGCUAUCUGCUUCUGCAGUGUUCAGUGUUUUCUUGUUUUACUUAUUUUGCGAUGUCAAGACUUUUAUUGGGACCAUUUACUGCUGUGCUCGUGUCAUGAAUGAUCUUUAUUCCUGUAUUUAUUAUAAUUUCUCUCUGCUCUUUUUUUUUUUGUCUUUAAUCUAUGAUAAGACGCCUGCUUGGUUGUCUUUCUUUUAAUUUAUUUGUGUUUCUAAUUGGUUGAACGAGCUGAUACGUCUCGUCUUAACUGCGUCCAACAGUUCCUUCUAUAUUAAUCCAGGCGCAUGCCGUCCGUAUGGGCAGGUGGGGCAGAGAACUCAGAGCAUGCUCCCAACAAAAUAGUUCCUCAGUAAAUCAUUGCUCCAAGUUUAUUUUUAAUGAUGUGAUUUUCCGACUAACUAUCUAUAGUUUCUGUACGCUUUCCAACUAUUUUUGGUCUCUUGACCUAAAAAUUUGGAUGAUGGUGGGCAUUGUUGGGGCAGGGCAGCUCAGUGACCGCGUUCCUCCGUAUGUUUAUCGCUCAACCCUGCAGGCUGCAAAAAGAAUUGCAAUCUGCGCUAUAAGACGCCUAAAUGGUCGUAAAGCAGACCCCGCGGUCAUAUUCUAGAACUGUUGUUGUUUGACCUCAAAUUAUUCCACUCGUAUCUUUCAUCGUUUCCAUAUCAGAUGCAGAUAUGGCGAGUGGUUUUGCACCAGUGAUUAACAGUGUUGAGAUUCUGUUAAAAACAUUUCAGAGGUUAAAAUUGAAAGAAGUUAGAAAUCAAACAACUUGGCCCAGACGGACCUAAACAUUAUCCAACCAACGAAGGAUAGGGGGAAAACUUACAACAUAAUUUUCUCCUGAGCAUGGCAUGAAAAUAAAUAAUGUCUAUGUGGUUGCUCAAAGAGAAACCGUGUGUGAACAAGACAGGGGGAUAUAUGAACCACGGAUGUGAGUGAUGUGAAGCAUAUAUAUUUAAUACAAUAUUAUGUAUGUAUAUAAUAUAUACAUAUUACAAAAACAAAUUUUGGGUGUGGACAUACGCCAGUAGUUUCUGCCCCACUGAAAUUUAGGGUCACCGCACGCUACUGAUUAAAUCAUCUCAAUAUUGACCUCUAAAGAACAAUUUGUUUUACCCUCUUCUUAACACAAGGUCCUUUGAAAUUGUAUAUAGUGUUAAAAUAAAGAGAGUUCUGCUUUCUGAUCCAUGUAUUGGCUAUGGUUGUUUGACAGCUUUGAUUCCAUGUAUUGUUUUCUGAAAAUCUUUUUACUUUAAAGGGUCUUUGUCAAAUCUCUUGAACUCUUACUACCUGCACACAAACCAGUCCAAACUUAUCAUUUGCUCUAUGUUUUGGUCAGCUGAAGCAUAUUCCAGAUUCUGAUUAUAGUUUCUGGUUAUACUCUUUACAAGUGUAACGGCCAGAUCGUUUUACAAAUAUCUGUUCUUUGACAUAAUGAAUUGAGGUACUUUUUUAAAAUAUGUUAUUUUUAAUGUUUGACUGAACAAAUGGUUUUGUUUCCACGCGGGCAAAGUGGUCACAAGGUUUCAAACGUUACAACAAGUCUUUUGUGGUGGAAAUCAAAUCGAAUUCUGUCGUACAAUGAGAUGAAAAUACUCUUUUGGGAGAUGUUUUUUAAAGGGGACAUUUACAUCACUAGGUGGACACGCCCACUAGUGAUGUCCGAUUUUCAAAAGGGCUUGUAAGGGCCAAUCACACUCACACCUGGUUGUAUGAUAUGUCACCUAAGUUGAUGUCAUUCCUGUGCUCUUUUUAUCUAUUGCUGUCUUGUUACAAAUUCGUUUUAGGUACUUAUAUUUGAUAGUGGUUUAGAGAGUUGGAUUCAAAGCUUACGUAUUUCAUUUUAUGCGUUCAACAUUGAAAAUGUAUGGUUUGUACAUUUGUUUAGCAGGAUACUCUUCUUCAUACUCAACAAUUAUAAUGUAAAUAAAUUGAUUCAUGUUUUGAAAUACUUUUUUCU